AUGGCUCACGCUGCUCACCACACACUCCCCUUCGAGGCUCGCAUUAAGCAUGGUGCGAAGCACAUCCUCGCUCAUGACAGGGCUCGCGCCCAGAAGCUCAUGAAGGGUCUCCACCCUCAUGGACCUAUGGCUAAUCUCAGCAUACGGGACAUUUUCCACCACCACCAUGGAGGGUCGUCGGCUCCGUCCACUGAGCCACCUCAGCCCGCGCCUGUUCCCCCGGCUGGUGAUCCUGAGGCAGCGAGCAACUCGAUCGAUGUCACCGACGCAGGUGUCACUUACACCAUGCCUAUCGGAGUCGGUAACCCUCCGACUCAGUACACUCUCCUGAUAGAUACUGGUAGCUCUAAUACCUGGGUUGGCGCCGACAAGGAAUACAAGCCCACAAGCACCAGCCACAGCACGCGAAAUCAAGUGAAUGUCACUUAUGGAUCUGGCUCCUUCACUGGGACCGAGUACGAAGACCAAAUCUCUUUGGGAGGCAACCUGGUAAUUCAAAAGCAAUCCGUUGGUGUAGCUUCGAAGGCCACGGGAUUUCAAGGCGUCGACGGCAUUCUUGGAAUUGGGCCCGUUGGAUUGACCGUCGGAACCGUUCACAACACGAGGGCCGUGCCAACUGUUACGGACAACCUGUUCCAACAGAAGAUGAUCCCCACCGAAUCCAUUGGAAUCUCCUUCAACCCCACUACCGCAAAUGGUUCCAUUAAUGGAGAACUCACUUUUGGAGGCACUGACUUGUCUCGCUUUUCUAAAGACGUGAACUAUGUUCCAAUCACCAAAACAUCUCCCGCAAGUCAUUAUUGGGGAAUCGACCAGACUAUCUCCUACGGAAAGAACAUGCCUAUUUUGAAAUCUCGGGCAGGAAUUGUCGACACAGGAACCACUCUCUUGAUGAUUGCCAGCGAUGCUUUCAAAGCUUACGAGAAAGCCACCGGUGCGACGAUGGAUCGCACUACUGGGCUUCUCACCGUCACGGAAGAACAGUUUGGGAAGAUGGAGAGUUUGUUCUUCGAAAUUGGUUCUACGGCUUAUGAGCUUAUUCCGGACGCGCAAAUCUGGCCGCGAGCUCUCAAUGACAUGUUGGGAGGCGAAGCCGGUAAAAUAUACCUCAUCGUAGCUGACAUGGGCACUAACAGUGGUUCCGGCCUCGACUUCAUUAAUGGCUUUGGAUUCCUCCAGCGCUUCUAUAGCGUGUACGACACGACCAACAAUCGCGUUGGACUAGCGAACACUCCGUUUACUAUGACCACUACCAACUGA